GGGCGGGCUUCUCCUCCAGCCGCGCCUCAUUCGAUCGGGCGGCGCCUCCUCCUCCUCCUCCAUUUUGCUGCGUCCUGGUGGCCGGAGGGGACUCCCGAGGUUUCAGAAUGUCAUAUCCAGGAUAUCCUCCCUCUGGCUACCCUGCUUUUCCUGGUUAUCCGCCCACAGGGCAAGACUCCACUUAUCCUCCAGCUGGUCAAUAUCCUUACCCUGCUGUGCCUGGAGGCUUCCCACCGAUGGGUGGUGGUGCCUAUCCCGCUGCCCCACCGGCUGGAGGAUUCCCCGCAACGGCAGGAUACCCGCCUGCAUCUGGAGGAUAUCCCCCUGCGCCUGGUGGAUACCCUGGGGCUCCUCAGCCUGGUGGGAUGCCAGCGUAUCCCGGAGGGGCUGGGUUUGGGGCACCCUCAAACGGUUCUGGCUUUGGCUACCCACAACCUCCAUCCCAAACGUAUGGUGGGGGUGCACCUUCACAAAUGCCAGUUGGGUAUCCUGGUGGACAAACACCUAGCCCCACACCUUCUCAGCCUGCAGCAAUGAUUCAAGCCACACAAGGCACGAUUAGACCAGCUGCUAACUUUGAUGCAGGGAGAGAUGCUGAGAUUCUCCGCAAGGCUAUGAAGGGUUUUGGGACUGAUGAACAGGCCAUCAUUGAUGUUGUGUCCAACCGCUCUAAUGCUCAGAGGCAACAAAUUAAGGCUGCUUUCAAGACCAUGUAUGGCAAGGAUUUAAUUAAAGAUCUGAAGUCUGAACUAAGUGGAAAUAUGGAAGAGCUGAUCCUUGCAUUGUUCAUGCCAAGUACCUAUUAUGAUGCCUGGAGUUUACGGCAUGCCAUGAAGGGUGCAGGAACACAGGAGAAUGUAUUGAUUGAGAUUCUUUGCACAAGGACCAAUCAAGAGAUCCGAGAAAUAGUCAGGUGUUACAAAACUGAAUUUGGAAGAGACAUUGAGCAGGAUAUUCGUUCCGAUACAUCAGGGCACUUUGAACGAUUGCUUGUAUCUAUGUGUCAGGGCAAUCGGGAUGAGAAUCCAAAUGUCGAUUACCAAAAAGCUCAACAAGAUGCUCAGAGGCUUUACCAAGCAGGUGAAGGAAAACUGGGGACAGAUGAAUCUUGUUUCAAUAUGAUCCUGGCAUCUAGAAGCUUUCCCCAGCUGAAAGCCACCGUUGAAGCCUAUUCUCAGGUUGCUAAUCGUGAUUUACUGAGUAGCAUUGGACGAGAAUUCUCAGGAAAUGUUGAACGUGGCCUGAAGGCUAUCUUGCAGUGUGCCUUGAAUCGCCCAGCCUAUUUUGCAGAGAGACUUUAUCAUGCCAUGAAAGGAGCGGGAACGGAUGAUUCAACACUGGUCAGAAUUGUAGUCACUCGCAGCGAGAUUGACCUUGUGCAAAUAAAAAUGCUGUUCACUCAGAUGUUCCAGAAGACUUUGGCCACAAUGAUAUCAAGUGACACAAGUGGAGACUAUAGACGCUUGCUCUUGGCCAUCGUUGGCCAGUAGAGAGCAUCUUUGGACCAGAAGAAGCAGCUGGGUAGGCAAAGAGCCAACUAUAUCGCAGCAUAUAAGUUAUCCUAGAAUAUACAAAUAAGUAUGCUUUGGCUGAUUUGAAGAGAUUUUAUUUUGCACAUAUAAUAGCCUUAAAUUUAAUGCAAAUCUUGUACUUUAUAAUAUAUAAAAAUAAGAUACUUGCUACAUAA